GACCGGCGGUGCAUCGUCGACGUCGGCACGGUCUGUCCUCGUCUUGGUGCUCGGCCCCCGUGCACGACGUCCACCAUGCGCGUUUCAACUUCUAAUGCGAAAGCCAUUACUACGGAAACGGAAGAGUGUUGAUGAGCAGGACUCCUCGUUCCCCGAUCCCAUGGCUCCUGGGCUCCCCCGCCACCACUAUAUGAGAGACCGCACUUCGUCGUCGCAUCUGCUCCGCCCGCCGUCGCCAACCACCAGCAGCGCUGGUGCAGCACGGCAGCCACGCCCGCAGCCUGUACGACGGAAUGCCUCCGGGGAGCCAGGAGGAUGGGGCCGCUUCCAUGGAAGCCGCCGACUGCGAGGACCGGAUCAGCGCCCUCCCGGACGAGGUCAUCCACCACCUGCUCGGCCUGCUGCCGGCGCCGGAGGCCGUGCGGACGUGCCUGCUCGCGCUGGUGCCACCACUGGAGGUCCAUGCGCAGCCUCCGCCUCGCCGUGACCGACGGCCCGGUGCUGACCGCCGAGUGGCUGAACCGGUUCAUGUCCCGCCUCCUGCGCGGCCCCCGCGCCCCUCUCGACUUCUGCGACAUCUACGUCGAUCUCGAGCAGUGCGACGACGUCACUGCGCUGGAAUCCUACCGCUGGGUUCGGCAGGCUGUGGGCCAGCACCGUGCGCGGGUGCUAAUGGUCGACCUGGAGCUCAUGUGCAACAUGUCCUCCUUCGCGCUGGCAGGGAAGCCUCUCGCGUCCAGGUACCUCACGAGGUUGGAACUCUGUUACGUGCUGUUGAUGGACACGAUUCUUGAUUUCGCAAGAUGCCCGGCCUUGGAGGACCUGAUGCUGUUCACUUGCGACAUCGAGGCUAAGAAGAUUCAUCGCCAUCCUUGAAGCGGCUGUGGAUCGAUUACUGUAAUUUCUGUAGGACGGGUUCCCGGACCCAUAUUUGUGCCCCAAAUCUGCUCUCCCUAAAACUGCAGCACCUCGUGGGCACAAGCCCUGUGCUUAAAAGCAUGCCGUUGCUGGAGGCGGCGGUUGUCACGCUUGACUGCAACCAUUCCUAUAAUAAUGAUUAUCCUUGUGAGAAAGGUGAUGACAGAGGGGAAUGCUGCGGGCUCUGUGAUGGUUGUGUUGCCAGUGAUGAUCAUAGUGGUGGUGGCAUGCUUCUCCAGGGCUUGGCCAGUGCCACACGUCUCGAGCUGACGGUUCCCUUUGCCAAGUUUACAGACACUACAUAUUACCCUGCAUUUACUAAGUUAAAGACUCUGUUGCUCAAUGAAUGGUGUGUGGCUGCUGACUUCCGCGCACUAAUUUGCAUUCUCCAGCGCUCACAAAUUCUUGAGAAUCUCACUAUUGAAUUGAAUAAGGGGCUUAAAAAUACAGCAGAAUUGGAAGGGAACGAACAUCCAAUGGAGCAGCUGACUUCAAUAUCAGGAAACCUCAAGUUAGUGAAAGUCAAGUGUUUUGGGGUUGACGAGAGGGUUUCUAAAAUUUCGAAGUUGUUCAGUGCUUUUGACAUACAAGUUAAUAUCAAUUAGUCUUGUGAAGAAUCAGCAUGUAAGUUAUUUACUAGCUGCAAUCUAUACUUGUCUACGUUUUUGCAAAUUAUAUUGACCAUAUAAACAUCUGUGUGUGUGUGCUGAACAAAAUGAUGAACAGAAAAAUAAAUGAAUUCGAAAUAAGGAUUGGCUUGAAAAUUUAAAUAUAGGUGGCAAUGAAAAAAACAUGAAAGUCCUUGUUUUUCCUUUUUUUUUAAAAAAAAGAACCAGUCUGGUAUGUUUUUUUCUAGUACAUAGUUUGUUUCCUUAUUUCUUACGGGUGUUAACUUCAAAUAUAUUGGUUUGAGCUCAGAGUAGUGGUAGGAUUAUUCAUGCUGUUGAUGGUCAUAUUAUCUUUUGUAUCAUUUAAAUAUAUUGUACAAUAAGUUUGUGUUCUAGAUGCAGCUCUAUUCUGUUUAUAAUGAUCCCUAUGGGUCUUUCAGAGUAAUAAGUUAGUUGACCUUGUUCUUGUAGCUUCUACUUUUGCACUUUUGGUUUAAUCUUUUGCACUAUUGGAUAGUUACUGUUUAUUUUUUAAAAGUGAAGUUGUUACAGUUUUGAACCUCUAGUGAUCAUCUACAGAAACCUUAUUUUUGGGAGACUCAUGCUUCUAGGAUCUAUGCAAUCUUCACAUGUCCAGCCGUCCAGGACCAGGAAGCAAAGAGUGGACAUUCUCGUCAACUAAAGUUUGAAAUUGUGGUAGAAGUUCCGUAUAUUCACGGAUGAAAAGGAUGGGUAGUAUAGCAUUGUCAUCGUUAUUUUUGUCCAUCCAUUAUGUAACUUGAACGCAGAGCUUCCUGUGUUAUCUACCGCGGCAAUAAUAAUGAGAUAACAAUCCAGCAUGUUUAACUUCGCUUCAUUUCAA